UAACCUACUUGUGUUCAGAUAAUGUGUUUACUGUUUGUGUGUGUGUGUGUAUGUAUGACUAGUAAUUGAAUUCUUCUAGUAGUCUCCAUUUUGAAUGCCUUUAAUACUAAUUUAUAUUGUCUUUGACCCUUUUCUGAAUUACACAUUUCUGAUUUCCUGACAUUGUGUUACUACUUGUAUUUAUUCUAAGUGCCUUCUUUUCUUUUCUGAGAAUAAUAUUAAUAUCAUUAUGGAGACUGAGACAUUUUUGAAUGUGACAUAGCUCUAUUUUGGGGAUAUUUCUUACAUUUUAAUAGAAAAAUAAUGGGAAUCAGUUACUUUAAAAUAAUGAUGGAAAUAGGGCACAGAAAUGUUUUCCCAAAGUUUGAAAAAAAUAUCUAAUUUUCUACUUUUCAGAGCUUGUUUUAUUGACUGUACUUUUUUUUUAGAGAGAAAGCAUAUCUAUUUUAAUGUGCUAAUCUAUAGUUAAUAGGACCAUGUUUGGUAAAUAACACACUUUCCUUUGGCUUCUGAGGAAAAUGCUCGAUUUAAUGGUGAAUAAAAUCUUACAUUAUGAGUUGUCAUGAGGUAUAGCUGUUGAUCUUACAGAUAUCAAAUUACAAUAUAUCCAUGCUGUGCUUACGAAGAUUUUACUGAGAGAACAACAGGAGCUGUCUUGAUUAUUGUCUGCAGGGUUAUUGCAAAAAUCAUGGUAACUGCCCCUUUAGUGGUGAGAUUAAACCUUCGGUUAUACACCAUCAAGCAUAUAAUAUUUUAAAUUUAUUUUAAGAGGCUUUUUCUUCAUGCCUGAGAGAUCUCCAAGGAAAUAAUUUAUAGUUAGUGUAUAUCAAAUGUUUUUUGGUUUAAAUGCACAUAGGCUGCAGGCAGUGGAUAAGAGUGAAAAUUGGUGCAAUCUGUACACAUCAUCUUAUUAAAUUUUGACUAUUGGCUUGCAGAGAAUAAUCUAAAACUAAUAAUAUCCACUUUAUAAAUAAAAAUUCAGGACUUCAUUAAUUUUCAAUAAAUGCAUCGUUGUAGUUGCUUCCAGUGGUGGUGUAAGUGUGUCAACAUUUCCAUAAUGGACCAUUCGCCUUUCAUUAUACAUUCAGUUCAGGUUAAAACUUGAAAUACAAGUCGUUGGCUAAAGAAUUUUUUUCCUUGCACAUUUAGUCAGAGUGGCCCAUUUUACAAAUAAUUUCCAGAGGAAGUUUUAUUAGCGUGGACUUCUAUCUAUUGGUUUUGGUAAGAAGUUCAGGAAAUUUGAAAGGUAUUCACUGGAAAUAGAUGCUAGUUUACAUAAAAGGGUGAAUGGUAACUUGCUUCUGGUUUGUUUUAUAAGAUUCUUAUUAGAGUUUUUUAAGGAUAAGGGCACGUUUUCAUCCUUUUAUUCACAGCCCCUACUGCUGUGUUUGGCACAAAAUAGACACUUGAUAAAUGUUUGAGUAAAUGAAGACCAAAUAUGUGGUUAUUUUCUAUAUAACAUUUUAGUUUACAAAUACUCUAGUAGUGCACAAGUCUAGUGAGCAGUGACAGAAAUGUGACAUUUACUUCAUGGCAGGUUCAUGUGACCCUCAAUUUCACUUUUCAGUUUUUUAAAACCCUCUAAACUGUAGAAGCUUAGCAAAUUUGCCUACACAUAUCUUGAAGUAAUAUAGUACUUUAUACAUUAAAAAAAUUAUUUUUUUCCGGUUAAAAUUUGCAUUUUCCUCUGAAUCAUUUCUGGUUUGGUUCAGGAAACAGACUUUUCUCUUCGCUUUUAAUGAAGAUCUAUACAUGGUAUAUUGCUCAAAUCUGAAUGGCCAGUAAAUUCAUCAAUUCAUUAUAUCAAAAAAUUGAAACCAAAGUGUCACCAUCUCCCCGAAAACCAGGAAAUUGCUGUUUGGGAGAGUCGUGGAAUUCUUAUGAUAUUUUUGCAUUCUCUUAAUUCCUCAAACAAUGGUUGAGUUUCUACCAUAUGCCAGUAUUGUGCUGCUGUUUGGAAUUGAAAGACCCUGCCAUAGAAGAAUUCAUAGUCAGACAUAUAAUGGGGAAAUCACGAUAAUUUUGUGCUAUUUGCAGAGAUAUGAAGCAACUACAGGAGUUCAGAGGCUGGAGCCGUUCUUAGGGUGUCUCACACACUACUUUUAAAAGCAUGUUGCUUUAAUUCCUAUUUAACCCUUGGUAUUAGCCUAGUCUAAAAUGUAAUUUCUGUUAAGCUCCUAUUCUUUAUGAGUACACACCAGUAUAAUAAAGAAGAACAAAAUAUAUGGUUUGAAAAAUGCAUUAUUAUGCUGGUGAUGUUUAUGCUUGUUUGUAUAAUUUUUAAGGGAUUCUUUAAGGAACAGGUAUAUGUAUUCUAGGUUCAGAAAUAAUCUAAAUUGGUUUUUGUUUAAAAAAAAUGUAGGACAGGGAGUAAAAAUAUUUGUAGAAAAAUAGGAGUGAAAAUGGUCUGGGACCACAGGAUCUACCCAAAAAAAUCUUUGAGAAAAUUAAUUUAAAUCCUAGAACUUUGGUGAACUAAGAAAUUUAUAAUAUUUGUUUAGUUAAUAACAGAUAAAAAGGAAAGAUUCAAGCCUAAUGGAUGAGAAUUUGUACAACAUUAUUUUAGAGCUAAUAAUAAUGGUUUUCAGUUUAGUGAGGAUUUAAAAAAUGUUUCUGAAUCAAACUUUUUUUCUUUAUAAUCCCUUUUAACUAACUCAGGAAAUAAGGUAUUAUGAAAUCCACACACUGUCAUCUCCUUAAAGUAUGAGGAUACUUCCCACUGUUUGGUCCACUAGUGGCUGAUUAUUUUGUUUGUGGAUUAUUUGUAAUUUUCUUUUUAAUUCUUCCUUAAACAGCAUGGCAUUUGGAGUCACAGACCUGUAUUUGAAUCCUGUCAUUUACUAGCGUUUUGACCUUGAACAAUUAUGCUAAGAGUCUCAGUUUUUUCUUGUAAAGUGAUGAUGAUGCUACUUAACUCACAGGGUUGUAGUGAAGGUCAAAUGAGACCAUGUCUAUAGAACACCCUGCCCGGCACUCAAUAAGUAUUCAUAGGAGCCCAUAUACCUCUUUUGAAAAUUUUAAUUGUCAGACAAAUAAAGAAAAAAGCCAGUGCUUUGUAAAUAUUUGUGAAUAUUUAGUGUUCAUUCUGUUUUUUGUCAUGAUGGAGAGAAAGUUGGGUUUCUGUGAAUUAUUGUUACAGCUUUACAUUAAUAUUUUUAAAUCACUUUUUGGUAUGAAGAAUUUCAAAUGAAAGGUGAUAGAGUAGUAUGGUGAAUCCUCAUGUACUCAUCAGUCAGCUUUGAUAAUCAUCAACUGAUGAUUUUCUCUAAACUGUUUCAUUUCAACAUCUUAUCUUGCCAUCUACUCCUACCUCCAAUUUUUUUUUAACUUUUAUUUUAGAUUUGGGAGGUACAUGUAGAGGUUUGUUGCAAAGGUGCAUUGCAUGAUGCUGAGAUUUGAGGUACAAUUGAACCCAUCACCCAGAUAGCAUAGUACCCAGUAGGCAGUUAUUCAGCCCUUGCCCCUGCCCUUUCUCACCGCUCUUGUAUUCCCCAGUGUUUAUUGUUCCCAUCUUUAUGUCCAUGUGUCCCCAGUGGUUAGCUCCCACUUAUAAGUGAGAAUAUACAGUAUUUGGUUUUCUGUUUCUGCAUUAGUUCGCUUAGGAUAAUGGCCUCCUGCUGCAUCCAUGUUACUGCAAAUAUUUCUUCUUUUUUAUGGGUGUGUAGUAGUCCGUAGUAUAUAUGUAUCUAUCACAUUUUUAUUAUGCGGCUCACUGUUGAUGGGCACUUGGAUUGAUUCCAUGUCUUUGCUAUUUGAACAGUGUGGUAGUGAACAUACAGGUGCAUGUAUCUUUUUGGCAGAAUGCUUUUUUUUUUGGAGUGGUCUAUAUUCAGUAAUGGAUUGCUGGGUUGAAUGGUUGUUCAGUUUAGUUCUUUGAGAAAUCUCCAAAUUGCUGUCCACAGUGGCUGGACAUUCCCACUAACAGUGUAAAAGCAUUCCUUUUCUCUGCAGUCCUGCCAACAUCUGUUCUUUUUUGACUUUUUAAUAAAAACUAUUUUGCCUAUCCCACCUCCAAUUUUGAAAUGAAUCUAAGCCAUAUCAUUCCAUCUGGAAAUAUUUCAGUAUAUAUCUUUAAGAGACAAGAAAGACUGUAUAUUAACUUUUUAAAAUUUAAAUAAAAAAUAUUUAAUUAGACAAUACAUUUACAUGUUUCAAAAUUUAGGAGGUAUGAAAGGAUGUAAAUGAUGUAUAGGUUGCUCCUAACUUUGUCCCGUAAUUCUCAGUUCUGUUUACUUUUUUUUUUUUUUUUUUUUUUUGAGAUGGAGUCUCACUCUCUCAUCCAGGCUAGAGUGCAAUGGUAUGGUUUUGGCUCACUGCAACUUCUGCCUCCCGGGUUCAAGCUAUUCUCCUGCCUCAGCCUCCCAAGUAGCUGAGAUUACAGGCGCAUGCUGCCAUGCCCGGUUAAUUUUUUUAGUAUUUUAGUAGAAACGGGGUUUCACCGUGUUGCCCAGGCUGGUCUCAAACUCCUGAGCUCAGGCAAUGCACCCUCCUCGGCCUCCUAAAGUGCUAGGAUUACAGGCGUGAGCCACCGCACCCGGCCCCUCAGUUCUGUUUCCUGGAAGCAGCAGUUUUUUUACCAAUUUCUCAUAAAUCUUUUCAGAAAUGGUUUGCAUAAUGUAAGUGUUUGUAUAUGUAUGUGUGUGUGUUGUGUGUGUGUAUUCAUCUACAUGUUUAUAUACGGCUCCCAUCCUUUUGGACAAAAAUGAAAUCAGAUUGUACCUGUUCAUUUAAUACUAUACCUACCGUGUAUCAUUAACUAACAGUUCCUCUUUACCUCAUUCCAUACAUUUCGCUGUGUGUCAGACAUUUAACUUUUAGGAUUACUAAAUGAGACCUGGAACUAUUUUUUUUUUAAAUAAAUAAUUGCUACAUCACUGAGAGUAUAGCUCUAUAACUCAAAAUAUAUCCUUUCUAAGAUGAUAUAUCUGUUAUUUUAUUGCUCCUUAGUAAAAUUACUGCAAAACUUAGUGGCUUGAAACAACCACCAUUUACUUGCACAUGAUUCAGUGGGUGUGCAUAUUAAGCUGGGCUCACCUGUGUGGUUCUUCUGCUACUUGUCCGGGCUCACUGCUUUGGUUGCAGCCAGUUGGUGGCCAGGUCAGCUGUGUUGUCCAGAAUGGCCUCACCCUCAAGUCUGGUGGUUAGUGCUGUUGGUUGAGCCUCUGCUUCUAUGUGCUCUUUUGUCCAGCUUACUUUCUGUGGGCAUCUCAGAGGAGCAAGAAUGGAAGCUGCAAGGCCACGUUAUGUUGGUCAAAGGAAGGGCCAGCGCAGAUUCACAAGGUGGGAAGAUAACACCCACCUGUUGAGAGGAGGCGUGAAAAAGAAUUAAUGGUCAUUUUUAAUGCACUGCAAUGACUUUAUUGAAUAGGUCCUACACACACAAAAAGGAAGUCUCCGUCCUUUAUGUUGACUGGUGAGAAUGAAAUGAAAUAGUACAUGUGAUGCCUGGCAGAUCAUCUUUAUGUUAGGCAUUACUUACAAUCGUAAAUCGUAUGCAUGUGAGUUGUAAAAAAUUUAUUGCCUUGCUUCCUUUGUUUUAAAAGGAUUUUUGGUAAAGGUAUCUUUGAAAUUACAUGAAGCAGACUUAAAUAUAGAAGAUACUUUGUUCAGAUGUUUAAUUUUGGAAAGAAUACUUUAAAUUUAGACAUAAAAGUUCCAAAACACUUUGGCAUGUGAGUUUUGGGAGAGUCUAAAGCAAAUACUCGACAUUUUUUUAUUUUUCAAAGGAAACUGGGCAAAAAUAAUUGUUCAGAGGAAAAGAGUAACUAGCUUCUGUUAGAAUUUAUAAAGUAUAUGGUAGGAAAUAACUAAGAAAGCAUACCUGUAUAGGUAAAAAUCUCAGGUGAAGAUUUGAUUUUCUCUCUCUCUCUCUUUUUUUUUUUUUCCUUCUGUUGGAGCUACUCUUUCCUAUCAAUCAGUCGGGAUGGAGAUAACUGUUUUAUGCACACAUUGUAUAUCUGUCUAUAUGUCUCAUGUUUUUGAGGCAUUCCUUGUGCACAGAAGCACUGAACUAUUUCGUUGUAACAAUGCCAUGGUUUACAGUAUAUUUCAUAUGAAUACCUGAAACUGUUUUCUUGAGUUGCCUUCACAUGCUAUAUAAAAUUUAUUUUAUUAUGUAUAAUAUGUGAAAUAUUGAUCUGCAUACCUUUAAAACUUGUAAAAGCUGAUGACUUUGUUCUACAGUGUUAGGUAGAUUUGUAAACUGUGUUUUUCAGAGUCCAUAUUUUACUGACUACAAAGUUUUCAGUCACUGUUUUGUAGAGGGCCUUCUGUUUGGGCUUUUUCUUUAUGUUAUUUUUUCUUUUUUUCCUCCUCUUGAGUGGAGCAGAGAGCAACUUCCAAACUUUCUGGAAAUUUUGCAUGUUUUUGUUGUUGGAGUUUCUGUAGUUGUUUAUGAAAGUCUUAGGGAUAAGGGGGAAGAAUCAUAUAUGUCAAAUCUUGUCAUUCUUUAAGUUUCUGCACAGUUUUAAAAAAUGGUGUGAGUUAGUACAUGCGCUAGUGAUUAAGUGAGUUUAGAACUCGUGUGUGUAAUAUUUCAAAGCAAAUUAACAGGCAAAAAAAAAAAGAUUCAAGUCGAAUGUUUAAAGAAUUUUUUUUUAAAUCUGAGUUAGGUUUUUAAAUGGUUAUUUUGAAUAUAAAAUGAAUGCAUGCUUAGUUAUGGAAAAGUUGAAAUAAGAAAGGAAUAAAGAUAAAUUUACUCAUAAUUGUAAAGAGAAGCUAAUUCUCUCCCUGUUUUUAAAACAUUCCCUUUUAUUCCCUCUAGCUUCUUAAUUCUGUAUGUGUAUUUAUGUGACUGAAGUCAAACUGUAAAUGCUUUUUUCUUUUCCUUCUCUUUUUAAAGAGUUAAAUGAUUUUUAACUUGUAAUUAGAAUUUAUUACUUGUAGGAGUCCUCAAGCUUUUAUAUCAUGUUUUUGGAAGCAACCAGCUAGUUUAAUCUUUAACGCACUUUUGAAAAUGAAAGGAAAACUUACAUGUUAUAGGAGAGUUUUUUUCCCCUGAAGAGUUUUAAACUAUUAUUAAAAAAAAUCCCUAAUCACAUUUCAUCACCUAGAAUAGUCUUUGAUGACGAUGUGUUUCCAGUGUCAAUAUGGUUUGGUUCAGUUUCCCAUGACCAGCUCCAGCCCAGUAGUAUCUGACUGAGGCAAAGGGCUUAGGGCUUACUGCUUUGGGCACACCUCAUGAUUUUUUAUCUUUGUCUCAACUGUAUUAGUUUUGAAAACUGUACUUCUUUGUACUUUUUUUCAUUUUCCAUUUUUUUUUUAUGAAGAGUAACAUCCAAUAAAACUCUUAAGCACAGAGUCCUGUUUGAGGAUGAAGAUGUAAAUAUUGCAACAACCACAGUGCUUGUCUGAGAAGCGCAUCACUUGGUGAUAAUCCUGAGUGCUUGUUCUUAUUUUGAGAAAUGUAAGUCCAGAUUCCACUAUACCAAAGACAGAUUAGGGUGGGUAUCAGUGUAAGACUUGAGAGAAAUGUAGGCUGUGAAAAAUGGAGGCAUGCCUAUAAUUUACUUUUUACUAAUUCAUAUUGAACUCAUGACCAAAUUGGUGAGGGUUUUCACAUUUUUCUUUUAUUUUUAAGUCAAUUGAUAAUUUUGAGGAUUUUAAAUAUUUGGUGGGUUCAAAACCAGGAUUGCCAUUUUUCACUGUUGUAAAACCUCUUGAGAAACUUUAACCCGGAGGGAUCUAUGAUUGGGCCUCUGCUGAAACUAUAUGUAAAAUAUGAGUUCUUUCUCUCAGGGAAGAGCCUAGAGUUUUUCUAGUUUCUCAUAGGGAUCAGUGACCUAAAAGGGUUUUUAAAUUGCUACUGUAAUUAAGAAAACCCACAAAAUUACUUUUUUCUAAAAUAUGCUUUAGAAAGAAAAUAUAGAAAGUGUAAAGUAGCAAAACCUAUGAAUUAUGGUAAGAUUUAAGUAGAAAUUUGCAUAAACUUUCAAAGCUUAAGUCAGCUAUAAACUCAUCACACCUUUUCUAAAAGGUCCUUUGAUUUGUAAUAGGAAGUUAUAUUAGUUACAGAAAAUUUGGAAAAUAAAAAGAACAAAAAUUACGUAUAAACUCAUCAGUAAAAAUUAACUAGGCACUUUAGGAUAUUUCUUUCAAACUUAGAUGAAUGUGUUUUUACAUAAUUUUUAAGGUUUUUUGCUUUGAAUUCACAUCUCAUUUUCUUAGAGCAAAAGAUUAGUAAUGAAUGAAGAAACGGGCACCUGUGAUAACUGACAAGUCUUCAAACACAUGUGUAUGGUUGUUGUAGAGAGAACAGUAGAACAGAUUUUUCUGUCCAGGCUUACUAUGUAUAUCCAUUGCACUCUGUUUUCUCAUUGUUGAAAAGUUAAAUUGAAGAAAUCUAGUAGAUAGAAUGUUAGCUGCAUCUCUCUUUAGAUAAUUUUGUUUCAUUGACUUGAAAAAUUAUGUUUUUAUAUGUAGGUUAAUCUUGGUAUCUAUGUCUAAUAGUAAAGUUUUCUGAUGGACUCAUAAAAUAUAAAGAACAUAGAUUAUUUCAUCAGCAUCUUCUGAUGACAUAAAUUCUUUGGUAUAAUAGAAUUAUAAAAAAGGAAUAUACCACCAUUCUGCCUAAAUUUUGUGGUACAUUUCAGUUACUUAUAUCAAUUGAAAUUACUAAAUAUUUUGCCAUGACCAUUUAGAAAAAAAGUCUAAUGCUAUUGAUUUAAUUCAAGUACAUUUAAAUUUUCCAUGAGGAGUGUUCCUUUUCCCACCAAAUUGCAUAAAGCAUAACAAUAUAGAUCCCUUUUUCAAGAAUUUUUAAAUAAAAUGUAACUUUAUCAAUUUGUUUAGAUUGUUUAAAAGGAUACUUUGAAAAAAAUCAUUAUUUCUUGCUUUAGUAACUGGAGGACAUCUCUUUAUCUAUAUAGCAUCCAUGCCCAAACUUAAUAUUCCUCUAUUUUCUUGAUAUUAGAGGUGAAAAGCCAGGCAUCCUUCAAGCUAGUGGAUCUUUGACAAAGAUGCAUUGCAAAACAAUCAACAAACAAUCAGAAAGGCAUGCUAUGUGUGAGUGAUGAUCCCUGCAGCAUAUGCCAUAGGCUUGUUGUAGAGCAGCUGCUCAGUAAAUGGUGGAUUCAAUUGAAACAAGGCUUUUUUGGAUGCUUAAUGGGAAGUUGUAGGGUGGGUAUGAUGGACUAAAAAUUAUUUCUAAAGAAGGUUAUAUAUUUACUUGUAUAUAUUCCAGAAUCUUCGGUUUUUAUUGUUUCUUAAAUUAAAAAAUAAAAAUUUAACUCUGUCCCAAGUUAACUCAGAUGUUAACACUUAUAUAGAAUUUUUUUUCCUUUUUCCCCCUGUCAGGCAUUUCACAGUAUUUUCUGCUUGUCUGUUUAGGAUGUUAGGUAGAGGAAAAGAGAAUGAUAGACUAUUUUUUUCUUUAAAAACAAAACAAAACAAAAAAAAACUGGGCCGGGCGUGGUGGCUCACGCCUGUAAUCCCAGCACUUAGGGAGGCCGAAGCGGGUGGAUCACGAGGUCAGGAGUUCGAGACCAGCCUGACCAACAUGGUGAAAUCCCGUCUCUACUAAAAAUACAAAAAUUAGGCGGGUGUGGUGGUGCGUGCCUAUAAUCUCAGCUACUCAGGAGGCUGAGGCAGGAGAAUUGCUUGAACCUGGGAGGUGGAGGUUGCAGUGAGCCAAGAUCACGCCAUGGCACUCUAGCCUGGGUGAAAGAGUGAGACUCUGUCUCAAAAAAAAAAAAAAGUUCAAUGUUAGUAUUUGCUAUUUUAACUUCCUACUUUAAAGUAAAAUUAGCAAAGUCUUAUUGUUUCAACCUGAUUUAAGUUUUAUCUCCCUUUUUUAUUAUUUAAAGGUUGGAGUCUUUAUCACUGGCCUCAAAGGAUGUAGACUUUUUUUUAAUAGAGAUUUUUAUUUUUGUCAGUCACUUUUAAGAGGAUUAAAAAUGUUGAUCCCUUUCAUAUUUCCUCGUCCGUUUAAAAAUAUUCUAUUAUGACAAAUUUCAAACAUACAGAAGAGUGAAUCUUGAUCACCUAUCUGUCUAUACUCUAAUCUGUUAAUCCAUUUUUUUCUGAUGAAUUUCAAAUUAAGUUGUGGACAUCUGUGUAUUUCACCCCUAAAUACUUGAGCAUAUCCCUCAUUUAACUUGAUUUCUCUCUUACUUUCUACAAUUUUAUGCAAAUGAGCUGUUUCCCAUGGGGUCUGUCUUGAUCUUAAUCCUUUAAGGGUAAGACUAACUUGUGGUUGUGUUAAUGGUCUUCAUCGCUGCUGCCUAUUUUUUUUUUUUAAUUUCCUUAAAAGAUACUCUCAAAAGGCAUAUUGCACAUGAUUAGCAAGAUUCAGAAGAAAGUGGUUAAAGUUUCUUACAUGCCUUAUACCUAUGCUUUUAGUUCUUGUUUUCUAUAAGGAAUGUUGCAUGAGGAUAUUGGAAAAAAAUUUAAAAUUAAGAGUUGAAGGCGGAACCUGAUCUAUAAGAAUCCAUUAUGUUGAAGCCAAAGAAGCAGGUCUAGCUAUUGUAAGUAAGUAGGCUGGAGAGGUGUUUCUUAACUCUAUCUGGGUUUUGUUUUCCAUUUGAAGAAAAAUUAUUUUAAGCAAUUGCCAUUUUUGAUUACUAUAGUGACUCCUGUGUCCAAAAAUUAAUGACAUAUUUCUAAUUAUUAAAAUAGAAAAAAAAUCUGUUCAAAUUUUGUUAUAAAUAAAGACCCCAGACUUACCUCAGUAAUGCAUUAGUUCUUAGCAUAACUUUUCUAUUUUCUGUUGCAUAGGCUUUGUGAUCUUUAACAGGAUUAUUUAAGCCUGAAAUAAUAGAGAUACUAUUUGGAGAUCACUGUUUGACUAAACCCUGAACAUUUCCACGAAUGUAGCCUUUAGAGAGAGAGGGUUCCUCAAGCUGUAGUUUCUUCCAGAGACAUUGCUUGACUCCUCCUGGCCUCCCUUCAUAAAGGAUUUCUGCAUGGGCUGCAUUUUAAGUGAUCUUCUACUUUUGUAUUUUUAGAAAAUAAUUCAAAAUUUAUAAAUAGCAACUCUAAUCUUAAACUGCUCUCCAGUAUGUCCGCAUUUUUGUUCUAGAGAGAAUUAUUAAUAAGUUGAAAACUGAUUAUAUUUGACUUGAAAUAUUGACGUUGAUCUCUGGUAUUACCUGUUGUUGAACCUACUGUUCUUUUAAUGUACAAAAGAGAUGUUUUGUGAGGAAGUUUUUUUUUUUUUCUCCUAAGCAUUGUUACCAAAAUAAGACUUAUUGAAUGGUAACUUUAAUACUAGCUUCUUAAUAUUCAUAGAAACAUUUAGAUAUCUAGGCUGGUGUAUUUAGUCCUUGAGCAUUUGCGGAAUUACUUAUCUGAAACAUAAAUAAGCUGUUAUGUUAUUAAUAGUGAGUGUUGACUGUCUAGUCACUGUACCAGUCAGUCCUAUGGAGACAUUCUCCCAUUGAUUGCUCACACCAGUCCUGUUUCCAAAGCCCCUGAAUGGUUACAUUCAGCUGUACUGUCUUUCAGCAAGUUAUACUAUUUGUAUCAAAUUGGUUAGUGAAAUCUUGUAGGUAAUAGUCUUUCUUGAAAUUUUGGAAUUGAUGUUUUUUGAUGCUUCAUGGAAAAAAUGAGUUUUGAGUUUUGGAACCAAAAUAGUAGUUGCUCCAUGCUGGGCAGUGUGUUAGACCCUUUAUAUUUAAUUGUGUUGAACCUGUGAGAUAAGUAUUAGUCCAAUUUUGCCAUUGAAGUUACUAAGACUAAGGUGAAUUUGUGUAAAUUGCAUGUAGAGCUUGGGAUUCACUCUCUGGUCUGACUUCAAAGCCAUGUUCUUUCUGGUACAUAGCCUUGUGCAUGAAAUUUUUUUGCCAUUUUAUCCAUAUAAAAAUUUUCCAGGAGGAGGAUUUUUGCCUUAAACAAAAGAAUAAAACAUGUUUUGUAUUUAUUUAUAGAAAAGGAUUUUUUUGGGGAAAGUUAAUAAAGCAGUUGCACACUAGAAAAUGAGAAAGCUUUUGUGAAGGAAUGCAGGUCAGAAGACCUAGGUAGGUUAAACUCAUUGCUUACCUCAUCUUGAUAGAGGAGAUCUGGCUUCUUGCUAUGUGGUUUUUCCAUCUUCCUUCUACUUUGUCUUCUGUAAGAGAAAAAUGCUGAUAAGUGACAUUUAUUAUAGGUUAUGUAAAAUAAUAUAUAUGUGAAAUUCCUUAAGAUCUUAAGACUGAGCUAAUUUUUUUUUUUUAUUAAUAUGCUACUUUUGCUUCAGGGAACUAAGCAGUAAGCUGAAACCAAUUCUGUGUUGUUUAUAGUGCAGUCAUUUAUAUUAUCUGGAGAGUUGUUACCUACAUUGCAGUUUAUCCUGAUUUCAAUUUGACAAUGUCUACAUGUUCUUUUAAAUUACUUGCUGAGUUGGUGAAUUUUUGUUUCUGUUAUUUUAAAAAACUGACAACAUCCUUCUGCUUAAAAAAAUUCAGCACUGUAGUUUUGCUUGCAGCCUGUAUCUUAGCAGGGGGAACCCUUAGGAAACCCAAUCUCCAGAGAAAGUUUGAAAACAGGCAUCUUGGCAUAGGCUGCUGCCUGGUAUUACUCAAAAAGAAGGGCUGUUCAUUUCCAGCAGGUGUUAAGAGCUGACUAAGGCCCAUAGCAUGGAAAUACGAUCAUCUCUGCCCCUACAGAGUUACAUACACCUUUUGGUUGUUUGAAAUUACUUAUUUGGUAGCUCUGUUUGAUGUAACAAGAAACAGACUCCUAAGCCAAAUUGAAACGCCUUUUGUAUCAUCUCUACUUAAUUUCUUCUACCCCCAGUUGAUUCUCUCUUACCUUAAUCACAUUAUUAUGAAUAAUUGAAGAGCUGAUGAUGCAUUUUUCAGCCUAAGGUUUUCUGAUGAGGACUAAAGCAUCUGAUCAAAUUUCAUGUUCGUGAUUUCAACUUCACAGCCAGUAUCUAUUCACUCAAAAGCUUUAUUAAAUCUCUUCUUUCGGCCAGGUGUGGUGGCUUAUGCCUGUAAUCCCAACACUUUGGGAGGCUGCGGUGGGGGAAUCGCUUGAAGCCAGGAGUUCGAGACCAGCCUGGCCAACAUGGAAGAAGGUAGAUAAUGACUAUAAUGCCCUUCGAGAAAGACUCAGCACCUUGCCUGAUAAAUUGUCUUAUAAUAUAAUGGUACCAUUUGGCCCUUUUGCCUUCAUGCCAGGAAAACUUGUCCAUACUAAUGAAGUCACUGUUUUACUGGGGGACAACUGGUUUGCAAAGUGCUCAGCAAAGCAGGCUGUAGGUUUAGUUGAGCACCGAAAAGAACAUGUAAGAAAAACAAUAGAUGACUUAAAAAAAGUGAUGAAAAAUUUUGAAUCCAGAGUUGAAUUCACGGAAGAUUUGCAGAAAAUGAGUGAUGCUGCAGGUGAUAUUGUUGACAUAAGAGAAGAAAUUAAAUGUGACUUCGAAUUUAAAGCAAAACACCGAAUUGCUCAUAAACCGCAUUCCAAACCAAAAACUUCAGAUAUUUUUGAAGCAGUUACUGCAAAUGAUGUGAAAUCCAAGGAUUUGCUAGCUGAUAAAGAACUGUGGGCUCGACUUGAAGAACUAGAAAGACAAGAAGAAUUGCUGGGUGAACUUGAUAGUAAGCCUGAUACUGUGAUUGCAAAUGGAGAAGAUACGACAUCUUCUGAAGAGGAAAAGGAAGAUCAUAACACAAAUGUGAAUGUGAUGCAUCAAGUAACAGACUCUCAUACUCCUUGUCAUAAGGAUGUUGCAAGUUCAGAACCAUUCAGUGGUCAAGUGAAUAGUCAGUUGAACUGUUCAGUGAAUGGUUCCAGUUCUUACCACAGUGAUGAUGAUAAUGAUGAUGAUGAUGAUGAGGAUGAUGAUGAUGACGACAACAACAACAUUGACAACGAUGAUGGUGAUAACGACCAUGAGGCUUUAGGGGUUGGAGAUAAUUCUAUACCAACAAUAUAUUUUUCACAUACUGUUGAGCCUAAGAGGGUCCGAAUAAAUACUGGAAAGAAUACCACUUUAAAAUUCAGUGAAAAGAAAGAAGAAGCCAAACGUAAACGAAAGAACAGCACUGGCAGUGGCCACUCUGCCCAGGAGCUGCCGACCAUCAGGACGCCUGCAGACAUUUACAGAGCCUUCGUUGAUGUUGUGAAUGGAGAAUAUGUCCCUCGCAAAUCAAUCCUGAAGUCUCGAAGUAGAGAGAAUAGUGUGUGUAGUGACACCAGUGAAAGCAGUGCUGCUGAAUUUGAUGAUAGGCGGGGAGUUUUGAGGAGUAUCAGCUGCGAAGAAGCCACUUGCAGUGACACCAGUGAGAGCAUUUUGGAAGAGGAACCACAAGAAAAUCAACAAAAGAAACUUUUGCCCUUAUCGAUAACACCUGAGGCUUUUUCUGGAACUGUUAUAGAAAAAGAAUUUGUAUCACCUUCCUUAACACCACACCCAGCCAUUGCUCAUCCUGCACUACCCACUAUUCCAGAACGAAAGGAAGUUCUGUCGGAAGCAUCAGAAGAAACUGGAAAGAGGGUUUCAAAGUUUAAAGCUGCCAGAUUGCAACAGAAAAACUAGGCCCUGUCUAGGAAAUGGGAAUUUACAUCCUAACACCUAGUUGUUCAUUUGUUUAGAAUAUCUAUAGCAAAAUAGGUUACAUGUAGUUUGAAAUAAGGUAUGCUGAGUUACUUUGGCAACAAGUUCUUUUACCCUUAUCAGUGGUAUUUGAAAAAAUCAAAGUAACUGUCUGAAUACUUUUAAUAUUCAGCUUGUUUUGUUAAUUCUCUGAAUACUGUCAACACUCUUGUCUAAAUUUGCCUUUAUGAUGCAGUGGCAGCAUUUUGAAUUACUUUUCAAAGAAUACUGUUCAUAUGCAUUGUUUUUGUGUUUCAAACUAAAUACAGGCAGUUUUGUGCCAGCUGUGAUAUUGUGCAUACCAUAUGGACCAUUUUAAAGAAAAUUUUAAAAUUUCAAAUAGAUUCAACAAUUAUAUUACUUGCUUUCACAUUUUAAAGGCACUUUAAAAAAAUCUACUUCUCUUGUAGGUUUUGCGGCUAGUUGGCUAUUCAAGAAACCUCGCCCCUCUGAAUGUCAUACUGUAAUCUUUAAGGAAGAAAGCUACAUGAAUUAAUUGUACUCUAUGGGAAAAUUUCUUUGGAAAGAUAUUUUGUAAAACUUUUUUUUCCUAGUAAAAACUUUAUGAAACUUGGUCUCAAAAA